AUGUUUGUAGUUUUGGGGAGUGCCUAGCCCCCGUAGAUAAAUGGAGUUGUUUUCUGUAUUCGGUGGAUUACAAUUAUUUGGAGGACUUCAAUCAACACAACUUAUGGCGACAUCUAGUUCAAUUUGCCCAGACUGGGCGGUUUUCGCAGUGAACUUUUCAUUUCAAAAACACCACGCAUUGCGCAUUGGAUUGCGCAAACGGCGCAAACUCGUAUUUGUGUGCUUGUUUGGGAAUAGUGCAUUUUAAAUAUGUUGGAGCGAAACCGGGCUGUGUUUUACUGAAAAAUUUGUGAUGAAAUAUGUCAGAUAUAAAACGUGUCGUGUUGACUACAUUGGAACCACAAAGAGUGACAGAUAAAACGGUAAAAAACUUGUGCAAAACGUUGAGAAUAUGUGUAGCUCUUCCAGAAUCAAACGAAGACAAGUGUCCAGAAUACAACUAUAAGGACGAGUUAGCAGCUGCAAAGAAAAAGGUUAAACAGAAUAUCAAGGAAACCAACAAUGUACCGAAUGGGCUGGACCUCUUUGAUAAUGACGAUGACGUUCGAAGAAUUGCACUGGAAAUGGAAGCAAAAUAUGGCUCCGGGUUGAAUCCAGGAACGAAAAAGCGACGCAAAGGUCGCAAAGACGAUUACGCCGACAUUGGAGCAGGAUAUGAUGAGUCUGACUCCUUCAUUGAUAACACCGAUGGUUAUGACGAGAUUAUUCCACCAAAUGUAACAACCGCGAGAGGGGGAUUUUAUAUAAAUAGCGGAGCUCUGGAGUUUAAGACUGAUGAUGAAGCAACGUCUGAAGGGUCAUCCAGCGGUGAUGAUGAAGAGGCAGGGGGCAGUGGCAACGAGGAAGGCGAAGCCAGCAGAGUAAAGAAAAAGAGAGCUUUGGAUACCACAGACGAUGAGGAAGCAGACAGCGAUGCUAGUGUGGGCUCCCAAACCAACAAGAAAGAUAACUUGGAAAAACCAAAAAUAAGUAUGCAGCAAGCUAUUAAGAAAAAAAUGUUUAGUCCACAAAAGAUUCAAGUGAAAAAGCGCCGGCUGCUCGAUUCCCAAAAAAGAACUGUCAAAGAUUUGCUCCGCGAGAAACGAACAGAUUUAGAUAUGACAAUUCCGGAAGAAUUCAAGGAUACUGAUGUUCCAAUGAGAGAUGGGACCAAGGAAAACAAAAAACCAAUGAAAUUAAGCAGCGUGUCCGAUGCUAUUGAAUCAGUAAUAAGCAGAUUGGAUGGUGAUGGUGUGGUCCCAUUAGAAAAUAAUAUCAAUGCUAACAUUACAAAGGGAGAGCUUUCCACAAAACCUAUAGCCAUUCCCCUACCUUUGCCAGAAAUGGAAAAUCAUCACAAAGUAAAUAAAUUUGAAUUUGUCAAGUUGCCCGAGAAUCUUCCAUCCGACAUUAUAGACAUUUUAGAAGGCAUUAAAAGAGCAGCUCGGGAUUACAAGGCAGGAGGAAAACUGAAAUUCUUCAGUGGAGAAGUCAAUGUUAUGUUACUUCAAUUAGAAAGGAAAUGCAAGUGUCUGGGGCGAUCCUCAAGGGUUAAAGUGUACGAACAUUUGUCGCAUUUCGUGCAAUGCAGAAAAGAAACUCUUGUGAAACGUGCUAAAAACUUGGUACUAGCAGAUGAACAGAAAAAAAUGAAUGUAGCCAUUAUCAAACUGAAGACUGAGAUAGAUCAGAAAAUGCCAUCUCUGAUAUCCAAUCAUGAAAAAGAAUGCCAAAAGGUUCUCCAACAAAAAUUUUCUCAUGAAGCAACCACCAAUGACGAACUAAAAGCUUUAAAGGCGCCAAGGAGAAGAUUUACGUUUUCCGAGGACAUGAAGCGAUUGGUCCGCGAUAUCUUAGGCCACAAGAAACGCUGCCUUCUACUUGAAGGCAGGCAAAAAGAUUCAAUAGAAUGCCUGUUACUGGAAUAUUUGAAGAACAACAUUUUGGUUCUUUGGCCAGAUGGCUGGAUGUCGAUGGUCGUGCUGAAGAAGUUCUGCAGCGUUGCAAUGAUAAAAACGCCAGAUCCCAAACUUUUGAAGGCACCGAACGCGUCAAAAGGUCAAAAACUGCCCAUUUCUUCCGCAGCUCCCCUCAAACUAGCUCAAACCUCCGCCAAUCUUACAAUAACGCCGGUGAAUUUAAACGAUAAGUUGGCGGAGGUCGUUUCAAAUCAAAAACUGCAUGAAACCACCAUAAAACCAAUUAACAAGGAUGGCAGAGAGAAACAAAAGCUUCCAAAAGAUAACGGAGUUAUAGUAAUGAACUCGAAAGAGGAAACUGUGAUAGCGACCAAUCACUGCCAGAUCAUUGAUCUCACGGAAAUCCACACCAAAUCACCUAGAGAAGAGGAAGUAAGUUUGCUGCAUACACAUAAGAUUCACAAAGAGGAUACCAUUAAGUUGCACACCGAAGGCGAAUUAAGAGGUGUUAAUUUGGUUACCUCUGUAAAGGAUGAUUAUUCAAAGAGCAAAUACCUCAAUAAGGAAGAGCCAGUCAAUUUCGCCAAAAGUCAAAAGGAUGACGACUUACGAAUCCCCAAGUUUACCAAGUUUCACAAGGAAGCUGAAGCUCAUCACAUGAUUUCUUCCCGUACGAGAAAAGAGGACAUCAUGACCUUGCCAUUUGCUAAAGAGAAGGAGCAUUUGGUUUCUCAUCCAUUACAAUUCAAGAAUGAGCAGAACGAAAUUGAUUUGAAAAAACUGCAGGAUAUUACUGUGACUCCGACCAUGCAAAAUGAUCGAGAUGACGUUCAAAAAGUGAUGGAAAGUUUAAAGGCACUGCAGAAAUUGUCGUCUCCAGCCAAAACUGAAGUUAGCAGUUCCCCGGUUUCAGUAAUAGCAUUUAAUAAAAGUUACUCGAAUUCAAGUCACGGUGUGAACAGCGGAGGCGUCGGCAGGACAGAUUUUGUAGGCUUCCAAGAUGAGUUUCAAAAGCAGUUUAUAAGUUCAUUAAGUACUUCAAAAUCGAAUUCGGUCGCAACGAAGUCUUACAACAGGUCGUGCAGUUGAGUGGCAAGUAGUUUUUGUGUGGUAGCAGAAGAGAAGAGGCCUUCUAAGUGAUUAGUUUCCCCUGUUGUUAAAAAAAGCAAAAGAUAUAUUUAGAGACUAUGGGGUAUUUAUUGUAAAUAAGUCUGCAACUGCCUAAAAAUUGAUGAAAUUGUUUUUCAAGUAUUGUAAAUUAUGGAAAAUUGUUUAUAAUGAUUUUUAUAUAGUCAUUCCCUGUAAUAUUUAUUUGCGUUGUAUAUACAUUUUUUUCUUUUUCAUUUGUUUU